GCCAUGCACAGCCCCGUAGAAGGCACAGCACUUACUCUCCUCAGGAUGCCAGGCUGCUGCCCGCUCCUCCUGCUGCUGCUGCUGCCCCUGGGCUCCGCCGCCUGCCCGUCCCGCUGCGAUGUGUCCCGGUGCCCCAGCCCCGUGUGCCCCAGCGGGUACGUGCCCGACCGCUGCAACUGCUGCCUGGUGUGCGCCGCCGGGGAAGGGGAGCCCUGCGGCCGGGAGGGAGACCCACCGUGCGGGGACACCCUGCAGUGCAAGCCGCCCCCGGGCAAGAGAGGGCUGAAGGGCACCUGCCAGUGCAAGCACGACUACGAGGUGUGUGCCAACGACGGGCAGACCUACAACAACCUGUGCCAGCUGAAACUGGCCAGCAGGAGGGCGCUGCAGCAGGGGCACUCCCCUGUGGUGCAGGUGCACAAAGGACCCUGCCAAUCGGGUCACCAACAUCCCAACAGCCCGAGGUACAAAUUUAACUUCAUUGCUGAUGUGGUGGAAAAGAUUGCUCCGGCAGUGGUGCACAUUGAACUUUUUGUCAGACACCCGCUAUUUGGCCGUAGCAUCCCCCUGUCCAGUGGAUCAGGCUUUAUCAUCUCGGACAUGGGAAUAAUUGUAACCAACGCUCACGUGGUAUCAAGCAGGAACACUGUCUCAGGGCAACAGCACCUAAAAGUUCAGCUCCAUAACGGUGACACCUACGAGGCAACCAUCAAAGAUAUAGACAAAAAGUCAGACAUUGCAACAAUCAAGAUACACUCCAAAAAAAAGUUACCGGUCCUGCUAUUGGGCCAUUCAGCAGAUCUUAGACCUGGAGAAUUUGUGGUGGCUAUCGGAAGCCCAUUUGCUUUACAGAACACAGUGACAACAGGAAUUGUCAGCACAGCCCAGAGAGAUGGACGAGAACUCGGCCUGAGAGACUCAGACAUGGACUAUGUGCAGACGGACGCCAUCAUUAAUUAUGGAAACUCUGGGGGUCCUUUGGUAAAUUUGGAUGGAGAGGUGAUUGGAAUUAAUACUCUGAAAGUGGCUGCUGGGAUUUCCUUUGCAAUUCCAUCCGAUCGUAUCACCAAGUUCAUGAACGAGUCACAUGACAAAAAAUUCAAGGACGGGAAGAAGCGUUUCAUCGGGAUAAAGAUGCUGACUAUAACUCCGACACUUGUCGAGGAACUCAAGUUGAACAAUCCAGAUUUCCCAGAUGUAAGCAGCGGUAUAUACGUUCAUGAAGUUCUGCCCAACUCACCGUCUCAGAAAGGGGGAAUCAAAGAUGGUGACAUUAUCGUGAAGGUCAAUGGACGACCACUGUUGACAUCUGGUGAUUUGCAUGAGGCUGUAAUGAAUGAAUCCCCUUUACUACUCGAAGUUCGAAGAGGGAACGAUGACCUUCUAUUUAACAUAGAACCUGAGAUCUCAAUGUAAUUAAGGGGAAGACAAAAGCAAAUAAAACUCAUCUACAAUACAAGGUGAAACCAAAGACAUCAAGCCACAGAAUGAAUCUUCGGAAAGAUCUCGUGCUUCAACCAAAGAAGCCACCAUAUUCCUGUCUUGCAUGGUACUCCUCACAAAAGACGGCUUGUGAAAGACCACCUCUUUAAGGAGACCCAGUUCCAUCCAUACUAAGCUUUCUUCUUUAAGAGGGCCACCACAUAGAAGACCGUUUUCAAUGAGAUUUUGUGUGGUUGCCACAAAGAGGAGAAUACCGUCUUGCUUAGCGAGUUAUGAACACUUGCAUUCUGGUGGUCUACCAUGACCUUUUAUGAACCAUGUCUGUACUAUACUAAAUGAACAAAGAGCUUGCAGGUCAUUCCCAAAAAUGCUGAGUAUUUGUUAAUACGUAAGGUACUUAGACAACUGAGGAGCAUCACAACGUCUUCUGGUGCAUGUGACUUUCCUUAGGCAAAUAGAGUAGGCAAACAUAUUGUCAUAUAAAUGCCACAGUAGAAAAUAAAUUGCAAAAAUUGUAAAAUAUCACAGCUUAAAAAGCAUACAAUGACAAUGUGAUAGUAAAGAGCAUCCCUACCUUCGAACACCACUGUAAAGUUUCUAUAUAGAUGUAAUCUACAUGACAUAUUGAAUAACUUGGUAAAUACAUUACUUAUAUUGUACAUACUGUAUAUUGUACUGAUUCCUAAGUUACACGCCUCAUUAUAACCCAGAGCUGUACUCACUAUUCUGCUAUUGGAGUCACUGUGUACAUACAUCACAUUAUUUAUCCUGUACUGACCCUGA